AUGAGAGAGGCGGAUAGGGCUCCGGGCCGAAGCAGCGCGCGGCCGGGGACCAGGGGAGCUGAGCGCAGGGGAGGGGGGCAGGUUACAGGGACCCCCCCCUCCCUGGGAACCGGCUGUGGGCGGGGCUUGCACCCCGGAAACGGUGGGGGUCCCAGGCCUGGCCCUGGACCCCUGGGCAUUGGGCAUCGGGAAGGGGCCAGUCAAAGGGCCGGGGGCGCUGGGGAGAGGCGGGGCAGGGUGGUGGGGAGGGGAGCUGGGACUAGGACCCCUGGACUGAGUGGGGCCCGAGAGCUGUGCACUCUGCGCCCGAGGAGCCCCCGUUGGCCUGGGGGAACUGAGGGACUGAGUUCCCCAGAGCAGGACCUCCCCCUGGAAGGGCCGCGCCGAAGCCCGUGGGAGGGCCUCGCCCCCGGCGCCCCCCAUCUCCACUCGCCGCCGUCCCGGCCUCCGCCGGAGAGAGGGGCCGAGCAGCUUCAGGGGACCGUGGACCCCGUCGUUCUAAGCGUUUCGCGCCCCGCGCCGCCCGGCCCCCUCGCCGCCGAUGGCCGCCGACGUGCCGGGAGCUGCCAAGAAGGGAGAGAUGGCUCCCAGGACACGUGUGAGCCCUUAACCCUAGGCAACUGGCUUUCCUUCCCCUUGCGGAUCCCCAUCCCCGCCUGGAGUUGCAGCCCUCCAAGGCGCCUCACCUGGAGCGCUAGAGGGUUCCUUUCCCCCCGUGGAUUGGUCUGGAAAGCUGGCUUGGGGAGAGCCGGGGAUGGAGCACAUUUGGAGAACAGGGGAAGAGUUGGGACCUGUCUCAGUUGUUCCACAGACAAGGAGCCCUGGUUUUCCGCCCUCGGCGUUGCUGACGCCCCCAAUGUCGUUGAGCAGCCGGGCGCCAGGGGGCCGGAGCGCGCCGAUGCCGAACCUGCUGCUGCUGCUGGGCCUCUCUGCGAACUGAGUGCGGGGACUGCCACUUCUGCCGAGACAUGAAGAAAUUCGGGGGGCCCGGGCGCAUGAAGCAGGGGGGAGGGGGGCACCCUUCCCCAGCUGACCUCAGCACCUAUCUGGGGGGCUGGGGGUGACUCCUUCAAGGGUCAUGUAAAGUUGCCACAGAUUCGCUCGUUCGUUCACUGGCUGGUUCACAUAUCUGCCAGGCCCAUUUCUGUCCUCAGCUUCAAGCUGGGGCCAAUGUUAGGGUCCACAGAAGAAUUCCUCCCACACCCUACUUCAGGCCUUUCCCAACUUUCAGAGGCAGAGACCCACAGAAAGCUCGGGCCCCCUUGGACACCCUCCCUAGAGCCAAGAAUGGGUCUUUGCCUUCUUCGGCCUCCUUUUCACCUGUGAGAGUGGUCUUGGAUUUGAAGCUAGUCUUACCCACUGUGUGGCCUUGAGCAAAUCACUGUGACCCUCAAGGUACCUCCUCCGUGAAAUGUUUCCUUUGUUGAGUUGUAAAGGUCAUACAGCAUGGAUAAGAACGUACCUGCUGCCAGGCGCAGCACACAGUAGGUAUCCAAGAACCAUGGGGUUGUGCUCGCCUUCCUCAUCCUUAGUGCUCCCCAGGGCUCCCGAGAGUGGGCCUUUCCCAGUAGCCGAGGGCCCAGCUCGCAGUGCCCUCCCGGCCGUCUCCGUCUGUCCUCAUCUCUGUCAGCGUCUCUCUGACCUCCGACUGCUUCCGUCUCUGUUUUCUUUGGACGCUUCUCCAUCUCUUUUUCUCUCUGGGUCCUUCUUGUCUCCCUCUACGACUUCCCGUAUCUGUCAUGUCCUUGCUCCCCCGAGUUUCUCCACCGCUUGCGUCUGCCUCUCUGAGCAUCUCUGUCUUCCCGUGUCCUGUUUCCUCUUGGCCCGCUGUCGCCUGUGCAUAUCUCCACCUCAUCUCAAGGAAGGGACACCUGUCACUCUGUUUGCCUCUGUCCUUCUGUCUGUCGUGUCCUGGCCAGGAACACGCCUGUUGGCCCUGUGGUGGAAGGGCUACUCCAGACAGAUUUCAGCCACCUUCGCCCAGGGUCACUCUACCUGCUGCUCUCCCUGUCCCCCACCCCACCCCUUGUGGCCCUGCCGCCUCUCCUUUUGAUGCCCUCCCCCCUUCCCCUCCCUCUGCCCUAAUCCACACCUUCCCUUCUCCUCAAGUCAGGUUUAUGGAGACAAAAAAAAAAAAAUCUCACCCCUUUGAAGAGUUUUAUUUAUGAGAAUAAAUCAAUUUUUUGUAAAUAAAAUGUUUAACAAGAACAUUGAAUUUACCAGUAUAUACAGUCGUUGACAAUAGGGAAACACAUUUAAGGAGAAUAAGAUCCUUGGGGUAUGGCCUGGUGCCCCCAGCCAUCUGCAAAAGCCACACUAUAAAUAGGAGCUUUCAGGAGAGCCCAGGCCCGGGAUGCCAGCUGUCAUCCCGAAGUGGAUGUGACCUGAGCAAGAAACAGAUGUGACGCAGGUCCUUAGCUUUUCAAGAGUCAGACAUCCAUUGAAUAGGAAGUGAAGCACCGUAAGAUGGGAAGUUGGAGCAGUGGCCACACUCAGAGAGGUAGUCUAGAGCAGGAAGUGAACUCCAGAAAAAAGGGACGCCUCGUUGCUCAGAAAGUCCAUAUCUGCAUACAGGAAGUGAGGUCGACAGAGACAAGAAGGCUAUCCCUUGACCUCCUCUAAAUUGCAGGAAGGGGACCAACUGUACUCCCCCUGUAGACUGGGAAGUGAAAGUGAAAAGUGUUCCUCACUCAGUCCAAUCCCACUCUUUGUGACCUCAUGGACUGUAAGUGAAACCUCUUCAAAGAGGUAUUUCUUUCCACCCAGGAAGUGAGCCACCAGUACCACUGGAAUGGGAAUUCAUGAGAUGCUGUCCAUGGAGUCCCACCCAGAUCUGGAAGGGAGGCCACAGGAUCUGGGCAGGAAGGCCCAGGCAUAAGGACUAGACGCCUGGUCCCAGGAAAUGUUCCCAGAUACGUGGUACACAAGCCCUGCUAGACAACAAGGCAGAAAAGACU